AUGGUGGACUUCUUCUGUGACCGCAUGCCACUGGUCCCUCAGACGUCCUGUUCCUGCCAAAGGAGGAGGGACGACAUGGCCUGGCUCACCUGGGCCUUCAAUCCUACAACAGUAGACCUCAGAGGAGAGGAUCGCUCACGGCUGGGCCAGGCGUGUGGAGGUGUGUGGCCUCCGUCUGGCAACGCUGAGGCCUGGCCUCAAGUUCUGAGCCUCAGGGGUGAUAGAGGCGGCGAGCGAGUGCUGCAGAAGAAAUGGACGACCUUCCUGAAGGCCCAGCUCCUCUGCUCCCUCCCGGACGACGGCUUCCCCUUCAACAUCAUCCAGGACAUGUUUGUCCUGAAGCCCAUGGGAGACAGCUGGGAGAGCACCGUCUUCUAUGGCGUCUUCACCUCCCAGUGGUAUAAAGGAGCAUCAGGCAGCUCGGCAGUGUGUGCUUUCACCAUGGCCCAGGUGGAGAGAGCCUUCAGCGGGCGCUACCGAGAGGUCAACAGGGAGACACAGCAGUGGUACACCUACAACCAUCCAGUGCCAGAACCACGGCCCGGGGCGUGUGUAACCAACCACGCCAGGCAAAUGGGUAUCCAGUCGUCCUUGCACAUGCCCGACAAAGUACUAAACUUCGUCAAGGACCAUUUCCUGAUGGACAGUGUGAUCCGCAGCGCCCCCCUGCUGCUGAAACGCAACGUCCGCUACACACAGAUCGCCGUGCACAAGAUCCAAGGCAUGGAGAGGGCCUACGACGUGCUCUUCAUCGGAACAGAUGAUGGAAAGCUCCAUAAAGCCAUCAAUGCCAACGAUAAAAUGCACAUCAUAGAGGAGAUGAUUCUGUUUCCUGAGCCUCAGCCUGUGCAACACAUCGAACUCGAUCCUCAGAGGGGUCUGUUGUUUGUGUCGUCAAACUCUGGGCUGGUGGAGGUUCCUGUGGCAAACUGCUCCAACUACCUGAGCUGUGGAGAGUGUGUGUUGUCCCGAGACCCAUACUGCGCCUGGACCGGGCGGCUGUGCCGGGACGUCAGGAUGGCUCCACCUGACAGUCACUGGCAGCAGGAUGUGGAGGAGGCGGACACAUCAGCGAUCUGUAACCGGACGAUCCCCAGCGCCAGAGCUGCCCGACCAGCCGCUUCUCGUGGCUCCCAAUGCAAGCUCAUCACACUCCCAAUCAACACUUUCAAAGUCCUGCCCUGUAAGUCGCGGUCCAACCUGGCGCAGAGGAGGUGGAGCUACAGUGACGCGGCCAGCCAGUUCCUGUACGCCACUCCAGAGGGAAACCUGGUGGUGGUGGCGCAGGCCGACAGGGUGGAGACCUACGAGUGCUGGUCCGAAGAGGAGGGUUUCCGCCAGCUGUUGGCCAACUACUGUGUGAGGGCGGAGCCUCGCCAGGAGAGCACCACUCUGAUUGGUCACUCGCGCACACCGCACAUUGAGCAAGAGGAGAGCAUCAUCCUGCCGGGCGAGGCUCGCUCGGGGCAGGUCCUCCACACCAAGACGUACUGGAACGAGCUGAUCGUGGUGUGCGGCCUGCUGGCCUUCUCCCUCGUGGUCUUCUCCCUGUUCGUCAUCUACAGGAACCGAGACCACAUGAAGUCCAUGCUGAAGCAAGGCGAGUGCCCUAACAUGCAGCAGAAGAAGCCGAGGAUUGUGGGAAAGCCCGCUGAGAGCUUACCCCUAAACGGUAGCACCAUCCCCGUUUCCACUUCUGAUCACAAGGGCUACCAGACGUUAAACGACAACUACAUCUGCAGCACGCCCACGCACGAGUCCUCGCCCGACAACAGCAAGAGCUUCUCCGAGGCCUCCGACAGGCGGCCGCUCAAUGUGAAGGAGAGCCACGUGGAGUAUUCCCCGACCUGCCCCCGGCCCAGAGUGAGGCUAGGCUCCGAGAUCAAAGACUCUAUCGUAUGAGAGCACAGUGUUCGCUAAAAAAAAAGUUGCCCCCCUGUAUCUCCAUGAGGGAUAUAGGCCGCCGAGCAAAGGAGAGGAGACCCUGACAUCCCUCUACAUCACAGCACAUCCUUUAUUUCAGUCAUCUUUUGUUCUGUGAUCAAUGCGGAGGUCAUUUCUUUAACCAUUUCCACUCCCAAGCCAGAGGUUGGUCUGGUGCGAUGCAUAAGGCAGGCCCAGGAUCAACAGUCAUGGCAGCUGCUCAGAAUAUAACUCUUUGUCAUUCUCACGGCCACUGAUGUGUGUGAGGCUGGGCAAUAUGAGGAAGAAAAACACCAGAGUAACUAGAAGACCUUCUUCUGAUAUCAAUAUGUAUCACCAUAUUACUUAAUGUAUGCAAGAUCCAGCAUUAAAAUGUCUACUUGAUGUCCAUUAAAUGACAAAUAAUUUAUGAAUAUUGAUAGGUUUCCCAGCCUUAUUUAAGUACCUGUAACACAUGCCCUGCAGAAGAUGUACUUCUGUUAUUAUGCACACUAGAACCAAGCUACAGCUACAUGGUCACCAAGAGUUCAGGUUUAGGAGAAUAUAACAUCUUUUGCAUAUUCAUUUAUGAUCCAUCGUUAUGGAAGUCAAGAGCACGUGUUCCCUUUUUGCUGAAUAAAUGCCACGAGUGUAUGAGGAUCAAGAUGAUGAGGCUGAUCAGGAGAAGACGCCACAUGCUCUUGGAAAAAACAUUAAAAGGACUAUAACUAAAA